GGAUGCUGCGGCAGGUUCUGCACAGGGGCUUGAGGACGUGUUUCUCCCGGCUCGGCCACUUCAUUGCCAGUCACCCGGUCUUCUUCGCCUCGGCGCCGGUGCUCAUCUCCAUCCUGCUCGGCGCCAGCUUCAGCCGCUACCAGGUCGAAGAAAGCGUGGAGCACCUGCUGGCGCCCCAGCACAGCCUAGCCAAGAUCGAGCGCAACCUCGUCAACAGCCUCUUCCCGGUCAACCGCUCCAAGCACCGGCUCUACUCGGACCUGCAGACCCCUGGGCGCUACGGCAGGGUCAUCGUCACCUCCUUCCAGAAAGCCAACAUGCUGGACCAGCAUCACACCGACCUGAUCUUAAAGUUGCAUGCUGCUGUGACCAAGAUCCAGGUUCCAAGGCCUGGUUUUAAUUACACGUUUGCCCACAUAUGUAUCCUGAAUAACGAUAAGACUUGCAUCGUGGAUGACAUAGUACACGUCCUGGAAGAGUUAAAGAAUGCUCGGGCUACAAAUCGGACCAAUUUUGCUAUCACAUACCCGAUCACCCACUUAAAGGACGGUAGGGCCGUAUACAAUGGGCACCAGCUUGGGGGCGUCACUGUGCACAGCAAGGAUCGGGUGAAAUCUGCAGAGGCUAUUCAGCUCACCUACUACCUGCAGUCAAUCAACAGUCUCAAUGACAUGGUGGCUGAGAGGUGGGAGUCCAGCUUCUGCGACACUGUGAAACUGUUCCAGAAAUACAACAGUAAAGUCAAAAUGUACCCUUACACAUCCUCGUCACUGAGGGAAGAUUUCCAGAAGACCAGCCGUGUGUCAGAACGUUACCUGGUCACCAGCCUGAUCCUGGUAGUCACUAUGGCCAUCCUCUGCUGCUCUAUGCAGGACUGCGUCCGCAGCAAACCCUGGCUAGGCCUGCUUGGGUUGGUAACCAUAAGCCUAGCCACUCUCACUGCAGCUGGGAUCAUCAAUCUUACUGGUGGGAAAUACAAUUCCACCUUCCUGGGAGUCCCUUUCGUCAUGCUAGGUCAUGGACUAUAUGGGACUUUUGAAAUGUUAUCCUCCUGGAGGAAAACUAGAGAAGACCAACAUGUUAAGGAGCGAACUGCAGCAGUCUAUGCAGACUCCAUGCUCUCCUUUUCUCUCACCACUGCCAUGUACCUGGUCACCUUUGGCAUAGGGGCCAGUCCUUUCACAAACAUUGAGGCAGCCAGGAUUUUCUGCUGCAAUUCCUGUAUUGCAAUCUUCUUCAACUACCUCUAUGUACUCUCGUUUUAUGGUUCCAGCCUGGUGUUCACUGGCUACAUAGAAAACAAUUACCAGCAUAGUAUCUUCUGUAGAAAAGUCCCAAAGCCUGAGGUAUUGCAGGAGAAGCCGGCAUGGUACAGGUUUCUCCUGACAGCCAGAUUCAGUGAAGAAACAGCUGAAGGAGAGGAAGCGAACACUUACGAGAGUCACCUAUUGGUAUGUUUCCUCAAACGCUAUUACUGUGACUGGAUAACCAACACCUAUGUCAAGCCUUUUGUAGUUCUCUUUUACCUUAUUUAUAUUUCCUUUGCCUUAAUGGGCUAUCUGCAGGUCAGCGAAGGGUCAGACCUUAGUAACAUCGUAGCAACUGCGACACAAACCAUUGAGUAUACUACUGCCCAGCAAAAGUACUUUAGCAACUACAGUCCUGUGAUUGGGUUUUACAUAUAUGAGUCCAUAGAAUACUGGAACACUAGUGUCCAAGAAGACGUUCUAGAAUAUACCAAGGGGUUUGUGCGGAUAUCCUGGUUUGAAAGCUACUUAAAUUACCUUAGGAAACUCAAUGUAUCCACUGGCUUGACUAAGAAAAAUUUCACAGACAUGUUGAGGAAUUCCUUCUUGAAAGCCCCCCAAUUUUCACAUUUUCAAGAGGACAUCAUCUUCUCUAAAAAGUACAAUGAUGAAGUUGAUGUUGUGGCCUCCAGAAUGUUUUUGGUGGCCAAGACCAUGGAAACAAACAGAGAAGAACUCUAUGAUCUCUUGGAGACCCUGAGGAGACUUUCAGUCACCUCCAAAGUGAAGUUCAUCGUCUUUAAUCCAUCUUUUGUGUACAUGGAUCGAUAUGCCUCCUCUCUGGGAGCCCCCCUGCACAACUCCUGCAUCAGUGCUUUGUUCCUGCUCUUCUUCUCGGCAUUCCUGGUGGCAGAUUCUCUGAUUAAUGUCUGGAUAACUCUGACGGUUGUGUCUGUGGAGUUUGGAGUGAUAGGUUUCAUGACAUUAUGGAAAGUAGAACUGGACUGCAUUUCCGUGCUAUGCUUAAUCUAUGGAAUUAACUACACAAUUGACAAUUGUGCUCCACUGUUAUCCACAUUUGUUCUGGGCAAGGAUUUCACAAGAACUAAAUGGGUAAAAAAUGCCCUAGAAAUACAUGGGGUAGCUAUUUUACAGAGUUACCUCUGCUAUAUUGUUGGUCUGAUUCCUCUUGCAGCUGUGCCUUCAAAUCUGACCUGUACACUGUUCAGGUGCUUGUUUUUAAUAGCAUUUGUCACCUUCUUUCACUGCUUUGCCAUUUUACCUGUGAUACUGACUUUCCUGCCACCCUCUAAGAAAAAAAGGAAAGAGAAGAAAAAUCCUGAAAACCGGGAGGAAAUUGAGUGUGUAGAAAUGGUGGAUAUCGAUAGUACCCGAGUGGUUGACCAAAUUACAACAGUGUGAUAGUGUCUGUUUGGUAUAUUUUCACCCUAGGUCUUAUCAAGAGCAAAGAGAUUGCGUUAAUGAAACAAUUAAAUUCAAAGUUGUUUUUUUAAGGACAAGAAACAGGCAUUGC